AUGACUGUCCAUAGAGACUCUAACUUCCUCUGGCCGUCGCACCAUCCACGAUGGCAUGAAGAACCUUACACAGAGUGGAGGAAAGAACAGAAAGGAACAACUCAACAUGACACAGAGGACCCACCCACUAGGACACAUGCACCCACAUCUUCACACUGUUUAUUGCAUAGGCAUUGGUGGAGGGGGAAUUGGUUUCUCCUGCCUCUGCUAAUAAUCUGUAAUUUGCCCCGUGAGGCUUGGAGCACCACUUUCAAGAUCGCCCUGGUAGGACCCUGGACAUGUGACCCCAUGUACUCCAAAGCCCUGCCUGACCUGGCUGCCCGAUUGGCUAUGGCCCGCAUCAACAAAGACCCCUACCUCAGUAAAGGAUACUGGUAUGAUUACACUUUGAUCAAUGAGGACUGCCAGACUUCCAGGGCUUUAGCCCACUUCAUUGAGUUGGAAGGGUAUGGCUCUGUUUUUCUUGGGCCAGCCAACCCGGGCUACUGCACCUCUGCUGCUCUUCUGGCCAAGAACUGGAAUGCCGGCAUCCUGUCCUGGGCAUGCCUGAAAGCCAACAUGGAUGAUGGGACCUACCCGACAUUCCUGCGGCCUCUGCCACUUUCGUCCCGGGUGCUGUUUGCUGUGCUGCGCUUCUUUCACUGGGCACAUGUAGCUGUUGUGUCAGAGGAAAAUGACAUAUGGGAGGCAACUGGACAGGAACUUGCUGCCUCACUGCGUACCCUUGGCCUACCCAUCAGCACUGUAGUUACCAUGAAUGAAGAUGAAGAUGGGCCCCGGAAAGCCCUUGAGAAAAUCAGACAGGCAGAUCGUGUGAGAGUGGUCAUCAUGUGCAUGCACUCAGUUCUUAUGGGUGGAGAGGCUCAAUACAAGUUACUGACUACGGCAAUGCACAUGCGCAUGAUAGAUCGUGGUUACAUCUUCAUCCCAUAUGACACCCUACUCUAUUCGCUGCCAUAUAAAAAUGUGACCUACUCGGUACUCACCAAUAACACCCUAUUGCGGCACGCAUACGACGGAGUCCUCACCAUCACCAUGGACCAAGAAAAGCAGAACUUCUACGAAGCCUUCAAAGAAGCCCAGGACAGCUACGAGAUCCACAGCAGUGCUGAGCCUGAACAAGUUUCUCCAUUCUUUGGCACCAUCUACAACAUGCUGUACUACACGGCCAUGGCGACAGAAGCGAGUAGGUUGGCUGGAAGAGGCCGACGGGUGACAGGUGAGGCACUGGCUCAGAACGACGGAGGCUUCGAGUUCAAUGGCUUCAAUCAACCCAUUUCGGCAGGCACCGAUGGUGAGGGCAUGCAAGCUCGCUAUGUGGUGUUGGACACAGAUAGCACUGGUGUCUCCCUCCGGCGGACACAUGUCCUGGAGGCACCGCACACAUAUGGGAAAUUCGGUGCACUCAAGUACAUGGGGAAGUCCAUCCACUUUGCAGGUGCCUCCCCCAGCACUGACCCCAACUGCUGGUUCAGCAGCUACGUGGCCUGCAGCGGUGGAAUGGAUGGAGUGACCUUCUUUUUCCUUUGCAUCCUUUUCUGUGCUUUAAUUGCAGCAAGUAUUUUCCUCUACCACAUGAAGAUGACAGGACAACUGGGUGUGUUGGGAGGGUUUGGAGGUGGAGGUAAUUCAACCCCCUCUAAGAUAGUGCUCACACUGGAUGACCUGGUCUUUAUCAACACACAACUAAGCAAGAGGAAGCUAAAUGAAGAGAGUAUGAUGAAGAGUCAGUUAGAUGAUAAAACCUCUCAUCAAUCGGUCUCAGGACGGAGUUUCUUCACGUCCACCACCGAAAACUCCAAUGUGGCUGUGUUUGAGGGUGACUGGGUAUGGUUGAAGAAAUGCCAUAACGGAGAAACAGUCACAGAGAUCAGUGAGAGCACACAGUCUAUCUUCAUUGAGCUGAGGGAUAUGCGUCAGGAAAAUCUAAACCUGUUCCUGGGCCUGUUUCUGGACUCUGGGAUAUUCGGCAUCGUGACCGAACACUGCACAAGGGGCAGCCUGGAGGACCUACUUAACAAUGAAGAAAUGAGACUCGACUGGAUGUUCAAAUCUUCCCUGCUUAUGGACCUGAUCAGGGGAAUGAAGUAUCUGCAUAAUCGAGGCAUCAUUCAUGGGCGUCUGAAGUCUCGAAACUGUGUGGUGGAUGGUCGGUUUGUUCUAAAAGUGACAGAUUAUGGUUUGAACAAAAUCAUGAGCUCCCUAAACAUCUGCCCAGAUGACAGCAAGCCAGAGGAUCAGUUAUGGACAGCCCCAGAACUCUUGAGGAGCAGGAAGCUUUUAAAUAAGGGCACACAAAAGGGCGAUGUCUACAGCUUUGCCAUCAUCAUGCAAGAGGUCAUAUCUCGCUCUGCUCCUUUCUGCAUGCUGGACAUGCCUGUGAAAGAGAUCAUAGAUAAGGUACGCAGUCCUCCUCCUCUCUGCCGACCCUCUGUAUCGAUGGAUGAGGCUCCACUGGAGGUCAUUCAGCUCAUGAAGCAGGCUUGGAGCGAAGAUCCAGACCUGAGACCCUCAUUCGAGGAGAUCUUCAAACAGUUUAAGAGUAUCAGUAAAGGAAAAAAGACCAACAUCAUCGACUCCAUGCUGCGCAUGCUGGAGCAAUACUCCACCAAUCUGGAGGACUUGAUCCGCGAGAGAACAGAGGAGCUGGAGGUGGAGAGACAGAAAACGGACGCCCUUGUGGCCCAGAUGCUGCCCAAGUCCGUUGCUCUGGCUCUGAAGAAAGGGAAACCAGUGAAACCAGAGCAUUUCGCAGAGGCAACGCUGUACUUCAGUGACAUUGUCGGGUUUACCACCAUCUCAGCCCUGAGCGAGCCCAUAGAGGUGGUGGACCUCCUAAAUGACCUCUACACACUGUUUGACUCUAUCAUUGGCAUGCACGAUGUCUACAAGGUCGAGACCAUCGGUGAUGCAUACAUGGUGGCGUCAGGAGUUCCCAGCCGCAACGGCAACCGGCACGCAGCCGAGAUGGCCAACAUGUCUCUGGACAUCCUGUCCUGCAUUGGCACGUUCAAAAUGAUACACAUGCCCAGCGUCAAAGUCAAAAUCCGCAUUGGACUCCACUCUGGACCAGUAGUAGCUGGAGUGGUGGGGUUGACGAUGCCCAGGUAUUGUCUGUUCGGAGACACGGUCAACACAGCGUCUCGAAUGGAAUCAACAGGGUUGCCUUACAGAAUACAUGUCAACAAGAGCACAGUUGACAUCCUCAGAGAGCUCAAGCUUGGAUACCAGAUACAGUCGAGGGGCAAGACAGAACUUAAGGGUAAGGGAGUCGAGGAGACAUUUUGGUUAGUCGGGAGGGAUGGAUUCACCAAACCCCUGCCCAUUCCACCAGAUCUUACCCCUGGAGCGAGUAACCAUGGCAUCAGCUUGGAGGAGAUUCCUGUAGACAGACGGCAGCGCUUCCUUGACCGGCAAAAGAGGAUGGGUUAAAGAAGAAGGUUUAGGCAGGGAUGCUGAUCUUCCUACACCAGCUGCGACCCGACCACUGGCAUUCAGCAACAGAUUCAGGCAUAAUUCAGCAUGAGGUUUGGUGAAAGAAGGUGGCCUGGGGAUUAUUUACUCAUUUCCUUACCACUCUCUGAUUCUCCCAAAACACACAUUCAGAGCUGGAAUUUUUUCAAGGAUGUCAAACCGCCUCAGCCUCUCAAUAUGACCCACUGCCAUCCUGCUACAUAUUAAACCAGAACAUAACCAAUACACUAACGAAUGCCUGUUCAAUUGCAUAUAUAAAAUUAACCAGUGAAGCAUUGUAGUCAUUGUUUAAAUCCAAUUUCUAUUAAAAUUAAAGAUACAUGAAGACAAAGGUAGCCUGAAAGACUUGUGGAUCUUUUUACAUUUUGUUUUGUAAAAAAAAUAAAAUAAAAUAAAUAAUGAGAAG